AUGCAAGCCAAUAAUGACUUGGUACAUAAGAUACAUGAUGCCCAGCAAGAGCAGAAAGCGGCUAUGGAUAUGCUGACUAAACAACUAACCCAGAUGGCCAUGACGUUGAAUGAAAUACGUGGAUAUGAUGGUAAGAUCCCUGCGACUGUCAAGAUGCCGGACAAGGCUAACAUUAGCAAAAUCACUCUGAGGUCGGGUAAAGAUUAUGACGAGCCUUUGGGCAGAACAGAGGAGGAAGAUGAAAAAGAGGACAGUGAGGAUACACCCUUCAAGGAGGCAAGAGAGCCAUUUCCUCAGUUUGCCGAACCACAACCUCUUGACCCAGAAACAGAGGAGUUGAUCGAGGAAGUUAAGAAACAUGAGAGGGAUGACCCGGAUGAGGGAAUGAGUAAUGCAGUCAAGUGCCUGAAACCUUACCCGAUUUCAUGGAGAUUUUUGGACUUCAUAGCUGGAAAAUCUAAGGCCGAUGGGAAGAUAGUGAUCGGGGAAAGUGUGUCUGUUGUAAUCCAGAAGAAGAGACUUCCUCCAAAAAGGACUGAUCCUGGGAUGUUUACUCUACCCAUCAUUAUAGGUGAUGUUAAAAUUGAGCAUGCUAUGUGUGACCUAGGAGCGUCUAUUAAUGUGAUGCCUUUCUCGGUUUAUAAGAGAUUGACUGGAGUCAGUUUGGUACAUACAAAGGUGGUUAUCCAGCUUGCGCACAGAUCAUGCAUUAGUCCUGAAGGAGUACUGGAAAAUGUGAUUGUGAGGGUGCAUGACUUCCUAUACUCUGCAGAUUUUCACGUGAUCCGUAUGAAUGAUUAUGAAGCCGUAUGA